GCCUACCCCACACUAGUCACAACCGAAAGAAGGAAACCCUGAAAAAUGGAAGUCAAGAGAAUUGCCACAAACGUUUCUCAUUUCCUAAUACUCUCUCUAGCAAUCAACGUUUUCACAUCAAGCACACCGAAAACGACAGCCACUGCACCAGUGAGCUACACAAACUACAGGGCGUUCGUGAAAACGGCAUGCAACGCGACGACAUACCCAAUGAUGUGCUACAACUCCUUGUCGUCCUACGCGACCGCCAUUAAAGCCAACCCCAUCAAGCUCUGUACCACCGCUCUCAGCCUCAACGUCAAGGUCGCGAAGGAAGCUUCCUCAGUCGUCUCGAAGCUUCUGAAGAAAACUCAGAAACCGUACGGUGGAGGAGGAUCCAUCCAACGGCCAGAAACGCUUAUCCUCAGAGACUGCCUCGAUGAGAUCAAAGACACGAUCGAUGAGCUGAAGCAAGCGACGGUGGAGAUGAAGAAUAUCAGUCGGAGCAGUGGAGACAAGGGGGAGCGUGUGACGAACGCGCGGACGUUUCUGAGCUCGGCGUUGACCGACGAGACGACAUGUACGGACGGGUUUGACGAGAUGACGAAAGUCAACGCCGACACGAAGAAGAAGGUCAAGAAGGUGAUUCUGAAUCUCUCCAGGACCACUAGCAACGCUUUGGCUCUUGUCACCGCUUUACGAUAUUGAUUAUUUGAUACUUAUUGUUAUUAUUAUUAUUAUUAUUAUUAAAGUAUAUUUUGCAUGCAAGUUAACUUUCUUUUUCAUAUUUACGUAAGGGUUUCUUAACACAAGUUAAAAAAGGUAACAUUC